UCUGUAGGUCUCGAAGGUCUCGCUUUUUGCUCUGACAAGGAAUAUAGUCUAGAAAUUAGUGUAAUUAGUGUAGUCAUCGGUGUAGGAGAUGUAAUACUCCUUAUGUUGCUGUGUCUCAACCGGCGAGGGUCCCCAGAGGUCGGAAUGAACUUUAUUUCCAAAAUUCUUCGCCCUCUCUCGCUCUCUAACCUUCUUGACAGGUUUGCGAGUCUUCUUCCCAUACCCUCACGAGUCACACGAUUUUGGCGAUUCCGUUUCGUCCAGAACAAUUCCUUCGAAGAGGUUUUCCUUCACCAAUCGUCUCUCAGCCUCGGGAGAAAUAUGGCCCAUCAUCCGAUGCAAUUUAUCAAUUGUUCUGGUUAUUGGUGGACCAUCCUUUCCAUCUACAGCCAUUUCCUUUGGUGAGUCAUUCUCCACUCGAUAUAGACCAUGCUUGACCGGAAUUUCAGCCAGUACUUU